AAUCAACUACGUGACUUUUAGAAUUCACUAAGAUUUAUUUUGUUUUGUUGUGCCUGCCACAGCUCUUCUUGCAAGCUGUUUUUUCCUAAUGAUCCGGUGAAGAUUGUAAAGGCAAAAGGCCAGUAUAUGUACGAUGAGAAUGGCAGACAAUACCUUGACUGCAUAAACAACGUUGCUCACGUUGGACAUUGUCACCCUGAUGUAGUAAAAGCAGCCCAUGAACAAAAUCAGUUGUUAAAUACAAAUUCUCGUUAUCUUCACGACAACAUGGUCGAUUACGCAGAGAGACUUUCAAAAACGCUUCCUGAGAAGUUAUGCAUCUUUUAUUUUCUGAAUUCUGGAUCUGAAGCUAAUGAUCUUGCCCUAAGACUGGCACGACAGUACACAAAACAUGAAGAUGUUAUAGUUUUAGACCAUGCUUACCAUGGACAUCUGACAUCCUUGAUUGACAUAAGCCCAUAUAAAUUCAGAAAUCUAGAAGGACAAAAGGAAUGGGUCCACGUGGCUCCUGUCCCAGACACAUACAGAGGACUUUAUAGAGAAGAUCAUGAAGAUUCAGUAACAGCUUAUGCUAACGAAGUGAAAAAUAUUAUUGAGCAAGCACAUAAGAGAGGCAGAAAGAUUGCUGCAUUUUUUGUUGAAUCUCUGCCAAGUGUGGGUGGUCAAAUCAUUCCACCAGCAGGCUAUUUUCAGAAGGUUGCAGAGCAUGUGCACAAGGCAGGAGGUGUAUUUAUUGCUGAUGAAAUUCAAGUUGGCUUUGGUAGGGUUGGCAAGCAUUUUUGGGCAUUCCAGCUUCAAGGAGAAGAUUUUAUACCUGAUAUUGUCACUAUGGGGAAACCAAUAGGAAAUGGGCACCCUAUUGCCUGUGUCGCAACAACAAAGGAAAUUGCAGAAGCGUUUGCAGCCACAGGAGUGGAAUAUUUUAAUACAUUUGGAGGAAACCCUGUUUCAUGUGCAGUUGGAUUAGCUGUGCUGGAUGUGAUUGAGAAGGAACACCUUCAAGCUCAUGCCACAGAAGUAGGAAACUUCUUGAUGAAGCUACUCAAGGAGCAGAAAAUCAAGCAUCCCCUCAUAGGUGAUGUCAGGGGUUCUGGCUUAUUCAUUGGUGUGGACUUAAUCAAGGACCAAGCAGAAAGGACCCCAGCCACUGCAGAAGCAGACUAUCUAAUAACAAGACUCAAGAAAGAAUAUAUUCUACUGAGUACAGAUGGGCCAGGAAGAAAUGUGCUUAAAUUCAAGCCCCCCAUGUGCUUCAGUAUGGAGGAUGCAAAAUUUGUUGUGGACAAAAUUGACCAACUACUAACAGAUAUUGAAAAAGAAUGUCUGAAGCAAUAG